ACACAAGACUUAUCCUCCUUCCUCAACGAUGAUUCAUUCCCCCACUUCCCCUCUGCAACCAAACAAAACCCUCUCCCUCGAAUAUUCGCAUCCCACAAAAAUCGAACAAAAAUGUCAAUUUGAUACACACAGAAACUUGAAUUCAAAUCAAUUCAGAAAAUUCUCCACAGUAUAAUUUGAAUGGCGCUCUUAAUUCCGUCGUCGGGAAUUGCAUCGCUCGCCGGCAGGGAAUCGCCGUGGGUGAUUGUUCAGAAAUCGAGAAGAAGGAAUGUUAGGUUCGAUGUUUGUUCGGGGGUUAGGGAUUUGAAAAAGGGGGUUUCGAAAUUGAGGGGCGGGGGCGAUAGUUAUGAGGAUACUGUGAGGUGGUUGUACGGACAGGUGAAGCAGAUCGAUACGGUGCCGUUUCCAGCUAAGAAGACUAAGGAUGGAGAAGGGAAGAAGCAGGACUACUAUGUGAAUACGGGCUACGCGAUCCGGACCCUCCGGGAGGAGUUCCCGGAGCUUUUCUUCAGAGAGCUCAGCUUCGAUAUCUACAGGGAUGAUAUCGUCUUCAGAGAUCCACUCAACACUUUUUCUGGUAUAGAGAACUAUAAAUCGAUCUUCUGGGCAUUAAGAUUUCACGGUAAGAUCUUUUUCAAGGCCCUAUCAGUUGACAUAGUAAGCGUGUGGCAGCCUGUGGAGAGCAUCAUAAUGGUACGUUGGACUGUUCACGGCAUUCCAAGAAUCCCGUGGGAGAGCCGUAGCAGAUUUGACGGUACCUCAGAGUACAAGCUCGACAAAGAUGGCAAAAUAUACGAGCACAAAGUUCAUAAUAUCGCGAUGAACGGACCCCAAAAGUUUCAAAUACUAACCGUGGAGCAUUUGAUUCAGUCGAUAAGCUGCCCCUCGACACCAAAGCCAACUUAUUUCGAGUUCUCAUCUUCUUCGACUAUGAAUAUUUUGCCGUUAAAGAAAUUCGCUGCUCUGAAAUGGAACUUACCUUCUGUUCUAAUCAGACAUCAGAGAUCCGAAACCGAAUCAUAAUGAUAUACCAUCGCAUGUUUCUUUUCAGGUACUACUUCUAGAAGCUUUACGCCUUGCGAAUUUUGAAAUUUGUGGAAUAUGUUGUAUUGUGUGUGUUAAGGCAUUUCAGUGUAGUGUGUAUAUUCUGAAUUCUCUGUAAAAAGCAUAUCAGUUGGGUGAAUCUUGUGGCUACCA